AUGGCUUCUCCGCCAAACGAGAAAAACACGGCCGUUUGGGACGAGAAGAGUCUCUGGGACGACGCGGAAAUGCCGCUGACGUGGGCUGUGGAGGCGUCGCGGCUGUCGCUUUCCAUCGAGAACCCCAUUCGCAAGAUUACCGACUCUCUCGCCGGCGUGCUCGCCGCGCCUUCUGCGCCUGCUGCGUCUGAUGCAGCGCCUGUCGCUCAUCCGAAGCCGUUGAUUUCGUUAGGUCAAGGGGAUCCGACGGCGUUCGGGCAUUUGAAGCUGCCGGAUGUUGCAGUGCGCGCCGUGCAGGACGCUACAGCGAGUGGACGUUAUAACGGAUACCCGCCUUCUAACGGACUGCCUGACGCACGGAGGGCGGUGGCUGAGUUCUGCUCCACGUCAGCUCUGGAAACGCUCCCUCCUGCCACGUCAGCAGGGUGCGCGCCCACGUGCUCAGCUACUGACGUGUACAUUACUGGAGGCUGCGGGCCGUCCAUCCAACUGUGCCUAGAUGCGCUCGCCAAUCCGGGCAGAAAUAUUUUACUGCCCCGCCCAGGAUUUCCGGUCUACGAGUGCAUGUGUCUGCACUCCGGUUUGGAGUGCAGAUUUUACGACCUCCUGCCCGAGAAGGACUGGGAGGUGGAUCUCGGGCAGGUUGCAAAACUUCGUGAUGAGCGCACAGUGGCUAUACUGGUGUGCAACCCAGGGAAUCCCUGUGGACAGGUCUAUUCUCGGCAGCAUCUGGUGGAGAUCCUCACCACAGCAGCGGCCCUCCGUCUACCAAUCAUAGCCGACGAGGUGUACGAGGGCAUCGCCUUCCAGGAAGCUUCGCCCUUCAUCCCUCUGCGUGCGGCCGCCAUGCAGCUAGCCCUACAACAUCCACAACAACCCCAACAAUCCCAUGCCGACCACGCUGCCAACUCGACUGCAGCAGCAGGCUGCAAUGGGGUGGUUGGUAACGGGGUGCAUGUGGGAAAGGGUAACAGGCUUGUUGUUAGUGGAGAGGCAACACAUGAAGCUGUGCAGAAGAAAGCAUCUAUUAUACCAGGAGCGGCGGCAGCAGCAGCAGGAGCAGCAGCAGCGGGCAGUGUGCCGAUACUGACAGUCAGCUCCUUGUCGAAGCGCUUCCUGGUGCCAGGGUGGCGGGUGGGGUGGAUUGCAGUGCACGACCCUCGCCACAUUUUGAAGGACGCUAGGGUCAUCGAGUCUUUGGAGCGAAUCCUGCAGUACGCCCCUCAGCCGUGCUCCCUCAUCCAGGCCGCCCUCCCUGCCGUUCUCAACACCACGCCGCCCUCCUUCCUCCGCGACCUCACCUGCCAGCUGGCAGAUGCCGCCCGCACCAGCCUGUCUCGGGUCGGCGCCAUUCCGGGCCUGGAGUGCCCCAGUGAACCGCAGGGAGGGAUGUUCCUCAUGGUCCGUGUUGACUUAGCUCGCUUCCCGUCAUUCCCGGACGACAUUUCAUGGUGUAGGCAGCUGCUGCAAGAGCAGAGGGUGGUGCUGAUCCCUGGCACUGCGUUCCGGUUGUUAGUUCGUCGCGUUCGACUCGCCGGUUUCAUAUCUCUUCCGAUCGCCGCGAGGUUUCGUCGUGCUGUGCUUGAAGGGCUGAAUCCAUCGCGGGCAAUCAUGUCCAGUCCGUUCGUCGCAGGAGUCGCGGUGGCAACGGCGGCUCUAGCGGCGCGGUACGGCAUAGAGGCGUGGCAGGCCUUUAAAGCGCGACCCGCGGUGCCGCGCAUUCGGCGCUUCUACGAGGGGGGCUUCCAGCCUACUAUGACGCGACGAGAGGCUGCUCUGAUUCUUGGGAUCAGGGAGAGUGCAGCGCAGGAAAAGGUGCGGGAGGCCCACAGGCGAGUGAUGACAGCCAAUCACCCAGACGCAGGUGGCAGCGACCUACUGGCGUCCAAGAUCAACGAGGCUAAGGACGUGCUUAUGGGCCAAAGCAAGGGCAGCGGCUCCGCCUUCUGA